GCCGGGGCUGCCAAAGGGCCCGCCUCCCUGCGCAUAGGCCUCGGUCGGGUUGGGUAAGGGGCUGUGGGGCCCAGAGACCGAGCGCUUUGGGGAACAUGGCGGCGGACCUAGGUCAGAUUCCUGAUGUGGACAUUGAUUCGGAUGGCGUCUUCAAGUACGUGCUGAUUCGAGUCCACUUAGCAGAGCCUUCCGGGGAUCCGGCGAGGGAGUGCAAAGAAAUCGUGCGUGGCUACAAAUGGGCUGAGUACCACGCGGACAUCUAUGACAAAGUGUCAGGCGAGCUGCAAAGGAAUGGCUAUGACUGUGAGUGCCUAGGCGGCGGGCGCAUCUCCCAUCAGAGCCAGAACAGGAAGAUACACGUGUAUGGCUACUCUAUGGGUUAUGGACGAGCCCAGCACUCUGUUUCAACUGAGAAGAUCAAAGCCAAGUAUCCUGAUUAUGAGGUCACCUGGGCUGAUGAUGGCUACUGAAGCUCUGCCCCCCAGCAGCCAAGUCAAGUCUCUGCUCUUGCUGGGUUCUAUCUUGAUGGGCUGGCCCUGUGAUUUCCUUUUGUACCUUAGGCAACAUACCAUCUGCCAGGCCUUAGAGGCCAGACCAAUCUGGUCCAUAGGAAUUAAAAGCAUUGAUAUGCCUACUA